UUCCAGCAGAGGCUCUUCAUCACCGAGGCUCGUCCACCUGUCCUCCUCCUCCUCCUCCUCCUCCUCCUCCUCUCUCUCUGUGUGGGAAUAUUUGACGCUUUUUUUAAAAAUCACCUUUUACAGAAAAAAGAAAGAAAAAUGGCGAGCAGCUUCUCCAGACUCCUGUCGUCCAAGCGGAGGCUGGGGCUCCUGUCGGUGGUGGGGGGCUCGGUGACGGCGGGCCUCCUGCUCCACCGGGGGGACACCGUCAGCGCCGGGCUGCCGGUCCGCAGGACCUACCCCGCCAGUGCGGAGUUCCCUGACCUGCGCAAACACAACAACUGCAUGGCGUCCCACCUGUCACCUGCCAUCUACGCCAAGCUGUGUGACAAGGCCACGCCCAACGGCUACACGCUGGACCAGGCCAUCCAGACGGGCGUGGACAACCCCGGGCACCCCUUCAUCAAGACGGUGGGCAUGGUGGCCGGAGACGAGGAGUCCUACGAGGUAUUUGCCGACCUGCUGGACCCGAUCAUCAAAGAGAGGCACAACGGCUACGACCCGAGCGUCAUGAAGCACCCCACCGACCUGGACGCCAGCAAGCUCACGUCGGGGAACUUCGACCCGCGCUACGUGCUGUCGUCCAGGGUGAGGACGGGCCGCAGCAUCCGCGGGCUGAGCCUGCCGCCCGCCUGCACCCGGGCGGAGCGCCGCGAGGUGGAGCGGGUGGUGGUGGACGCCCUCGCCGGCCUGAAGGACGACCUGGCCGGGAAGUACUACAGUCUGACCCUGAUGACGGACCAGGAGCAGCAGCAGCUCAUCGAUGAUCAUUUCCUGUUCGACAAGCCCGUCUCCCCCCUCCUGACGUGUGCCGGCAUGGCUCGUGAUUGGCCCGAUGCUCGCGGUAUCUGGCACAACAACGAGAAGACAUUCCUGGUUUGGAUCAAUGAGGAGGAUCACACCAGGGUGAUCUCCAUGGAGAAGGGAGGGAACAUGAAGAGGGUCUUUGAGAGGUUCUGCAGAGGUCUCAAGGAGGUGGAGCGUCUGAUCCAGGAGCGAGGCUGGGAGUUCAUGUGGAACGAGAAGCUGGGCUACAUCCUCACCUGCCCCUCCAACCUGGGAACAGGUCUGAGGGCCGGGGUCCACGUCAAGCUGCCCCUGCUCAGCAAGGACCCUCGCUUCAGUAAGAUCCUGGACAACCUGCGCCUGCAGAAGAGAGGGACGGGCGGCGUGGACACGGCCGCUGUGGGCGGGACCUUCGACAUCUCCAACCUGGACCGCCUGGGACUGUCAGAGGUCCAGCUGGUGCAGACGGUGGUGGACGGCGUCAACUACCUGGUGGAGUGUGAGAAGAGACUGGAGCGAGGCCAGGACAUCAAGGUGCCCCAACCCAUUAAACAGUUCAAGUAGAGCCUGACCCCUGACCCCUGACCCCUGACCCCACCCCACAAACCUCUGAGCACACACACACAUGCACAAACACCCCGCUCCGUGCCCAUAGAUAUUAUAUUAUAAAUAAAUAUUAGGGCCGGGACUCGAUUAAAAAAAAUUAAUCUAAUUAAUUAGAGGCUUUGUAAUGAAUUAAUCGAAAUGAAUCGCAUUUUAAUCGCAUAUAAAUAUUUGACCUGAGAACAGUGAGAAGUAAUUUUUUUCACAUGGAUUUUUAGUAUACCAUUGAAUAAUGACUGAAUACAUAAGCUUAAGCAACAAAAAUAUUGUUUGUUUUUGUUCAAGUCCAACAGACCAGUGACAUUUUUGCCAUUAAGUGUAGCAAUAGCAUAUUUAUAACUAUAGUACAUUUCAUAAAUCCAGGUAGCCUAUAGGUAGGUAGACCUUCUGUAAGCUAGAAUACUAGAAAAAUACAAUCCACGCUAGCUAGCAUACUAGCCGCUAGCUGCUAUAUGUUUAGCAUUGAGGUGAUACUUGAGGCUGGAUGUGAAUUCCUUGUUGCCUAGCAACACAACCAUGCUCUUAUGGACGCUUCCAUCCGUUGGUUUUUAGUAACUAAAUGUCCCAUCAUCCACGGGGCCAACCAAAGGUCUCAUCAGCUUCUUCCUUCAUGUUCACUGUGGUUUGUUGUUGUCUCAACUCAUCAACGCUAGUUGGUGCUCCAGUAUAAUCGGUCCUCCUGAAACUCAUCCAGUGAGAAACGUUCCGCGGUGCAAAAAUAAGUGUGAUUAAAAUGCGGCAAUUUUUUUUAACGCGUUAAUUUUUCGUGUCAUUAAUUAAUCUUAAUUAACGCGUUAAAGUCCCGGCCCUAAUAAAUAUCUAUGUUAGCGCCUCAUUUAUCCCCACUACUCCCUCUCUGCCCCACACUAUACCUCUCUAUGAUAUAAUCUAUAUUUAUUAUACUGCAAACCAGAGUCCCAGAAUACUGCAUUGGGCUUUAGUGUUUCAGAUGCAUUUCAAGGGUUUUUAUAGUAAACUCAAAGCUCUAAAAUGGCAGCAAAUAUAAAUGAAGGAUGCACAAACUGCAGGCUAGUCUGCCUGUCUCUGCAUGGCCAACCAGUAUCUAAGGCUCUGCUCCUGAAGCCCUCCUCAGCCCUCCUCAGCCCUCCUCACCGGCUCCACCUGCCUCCUCCCCUCACCGCAUGUCGCUCCUCCUCCCCUCACCGUGUGUCGCUCCUCCUAUCUGGUGCUUGUUUAGUGCGUCCAUGUGUAGCCUUCUCUCCAUCGUGGAUCGUGUGUUUCUUUUCCACCAUCUGAAUGUAAACUAACAGACUCCCAGAGGACUGAGUGUGUGUGUCAGACUGUAACAUGAACUAGCCGGGCUGGUUUCUGUACUGUAAGCAAUAUCAUUCCAGCUCAUUAUGAAUGUCACACUGUAAUGACUUUUAUUAAAGAAAUCAUCUAUUUAACAGUA